UCAUGUGUUUUGAGUUGGGUUUGUCAGUGAGGCGAACAAAAUAAGAUUAGAGUUAUGUGGAAGUGAAGAUAUCCGAUAAAGAUCACGUAGAGAGCAGGGUUAACGUUUGUUUUUCGGCUCGCUAUGGAAAAUCUGUCAGCGAUAAUAUUACUCUGUGCUUUUCACUGUGAUUGAUCUGUUUUUGUGAUGUCCUCUGCAUGCAUUUAGGCAGUGACAUUUCCAUGGUGAGCAACGUCACCAUUUGACCUGAGCCAGCGUUGUGACUGGAAGUCCCAUAAAAGAAAAACAAGAAAGAAAGAAAGAAAAAAAAACACGAGACGAGAACAAACGUGAGAGACGGAGUCGACCGGAGGACAGAGCCGGACGCUCACCAUGGCCACCCUGGUCAUCGUCAACGACUCCUUCGGGAACAUCUCGAUCUACAACGAGGUGACCUACGAGGACGACGACGCAGCCUCGUGCCACCACGUGGUGCCGCCGGAACACCAGAAGCAGCUCAUCCCGGCCGUCUACGCCCUCAUCUUCCUCUUCGGCACCGUCGGCAACAGCCUGGUGCUGCUGGUCCUCUGCCGGCGUGGCCCUGGUCGCCGGACGGUGGCCAACACCUACAUGGUCAACUUGGCGCUGUCCGACCUGCUCUUUCUUCUCAGCCUGCCCUUCUGGGCCAUCCAGUACGCGCUGGACUAUCACUGGCCGUUCGGCGCGUUCAUGUGCAAGGCGUGCAGCGCCACGCUGACGCUCAACCUCUACGCCAGCAUCUUCUUCAUCACCUGCAUGAGCGCCGACCGCUACCUGGCCAUCGUGCGGCCGCUGCGCUCGCAGAGCUGUCGCCGCCUGUGCCGGGCGCGGUUGGUCAGCGGCGCGGUGUGGCUGCUGGCCGGCUGCGCCACCGUGCCCGUGCUGGUGUUGCGCGACACCGCGCAACUCGGGCAGGAAGUGACCGCCUGCGUGCUGCACUACCCGAGCGACGGCUGGGUGACCGGGCUGGCGCUCACCAAGACCAUCGUGGGCUUCCUGCUCCCGCUGGUAGUCAUCGUCACCUGCUACUGCGAAAUAGGGCGCCACCUGCUGGCCGCGACAACGACAGGUGGGACGGGGACGGGCGCCGGCGCCGACAGCCGCGGCGGCGGCCCAGACAAGGCGGCCGGUGGCGGUCACUCGUCGGGCACCAACAACGUGGACCACGUGCUGAGGAUGGUGGUGGCGGUGGUGCUCGCCUUCUUCCUCUGCUGGUUCCCCUUCCACACUGUGACGCUGCUGGACGUCCUCCACCACCAGGGGGCGAUGCGGGGCUGCUGGGUGCAUCGCGCCGUCGAGACGCUGCUGCCCUUCACCAGCUGCCUGGGCUUCUCCAACAGCGCCGUCAACCCCUUCCUCUACUGCUUCGUGGGGAACCACUUCCGCGAGCAGCUCAGCGGACGCUGGGGGAGCCGGAGGCUCGGAGGAGGAGGAGGAGGAGCCUAG